AUGUUUUCCUUGACGGAAGGAGAAUGGAUAGAGAUUUCGAGAUUCAAAAUAACAAAGGACAAUUGGAUCUGGUGGGAUUACAAGAUCGCUAAUGACAGAUACAUGAUCACGAUGUAUAAUGACACACAAAUCCGCCCAAUAGAUCCUCUUUCCGACCGUGAAUUCUACUACUUUACUGAUUUUGAAGAUGUAAUCAGUGGAGAUUACGAUGACUCAUAUUAUAUAGAUCUCAUCGGACAGAUUUCAUACAUGGGGAAACUUUCACCUAUGCCAGACACUCUUAACGAACGUAGAUCAAUUCCGUUUCAAAUUAAAAACGAGAGGAAUUUUCAACUAUAUUGCCUCGCUCACGGAAAAUUUGCUGAGGAAUUGAAUGAGAAAUGGAAAUCGACGAACCGUGCAAACGUGAUAGCGGUGUUAAGCGAAUGGAGGAUUAGACGUUCAAAGCGUGAGUAA